UGGGUGAGGGGGGGAGACGAGCAGCACUCAGCGGACGAUCCGGUAAAUGAGCCGUUCAUACCUUCACACUGACCAUUACGCGUGCUUUUCUGAUUACACAUCGGUGUGCGUGUGUCUGCGUGCGUGUGCUCCACAUCCUCACAUAUAUUCUGUUCCUGCAGUCAUCCUCUGCUAGGCUCAUCCUUUCAUCCGGACCCUCCAUCCUCGCUGCCGGAAGACGCCUGAAGCUGUUUUAUUUCCAGCCUUCUUCUGAAUGACGGGCGGACGGUUUGACUUCGACGACGGCGGCACUUACUGCGGGGGGUGGGAGGAUGGAAAAGCCCACGGACACGGCAUCUGCACCGGACCAAAGGGCCAGGGCGAGUACGCGGGAUCGUGGUCGCAUGGUUUCGAGAUAGUCGGGGUGUACACCUGGCCCAGCGGCAACACCUAUAAGGGCUACUGGUCGCAGGGGAAACGCCACGGGCUCGGCGUGGAGAAUAAAGGCAAGUGGAUCUACCGUGGGGAGUGGAGUCACGGCUUCAAGGGGCGGUACGGCGUCCGGCAGAGCCACAACACACCUGCCAGAUACGACGGCACCUGGAGUAACGGGCUGCAGGAUGGAUACGGGAUCGAGACCUACGGCGACGGCGGCACCUAUCAAGGCCAGUGGAUGGGCGGGAUGCGGCAUGGCUAUGGUGUUCGCCAGAGCGUUCCCUAUGGCAUGGCCACUGUCAUCCGCUCACCACUGCGAACAUCUAUGGCCUCCCUGCGCUCUGAGCAGAGCAACGGUACUGUACUCCACGACCUGUCAUCUCCUGCAGACACACCAACAGGAAGCCGUGGCGGCUUUGUCCUUAAUUUCCACUCAGACAGCGAGGUUGUCACUGGCAAGAAGAAAGGCCUUUUCCGUCGGGGUUCACUCUUUGGCAGCCUCCGACAGUUGCGCAAGUCUGACUCUCGAACCUCAAUCUCCAGCAAGCGCAGCUCCGCACGCAGCGACGCCACCAUGAGCCGCAUCAGCUCCAGCGACGCCAACUCUACCAUAUCCAUCGGUGAUGGCGAGCUGCCAGAUGAGGACCUGCCUCUGGAGGACCAUGUGGAUGCCACCACAACUGAGACCUACAUGGGCGAGUGGAAGAAUGACAAGCGUAAUGGAUUUGGUGUUUCUGAGAGAUCCAAUGGGAUGAAGUAUGAAGGCGAGUGGCUAAACAACAAACGCCAUGGUUACGGGUGCACGGUUUUCCCAGAUAACACCAAAGAAGAAGGGAAGUACAAAAAUAACGUGCUGGUGCGUGGAAUAAGGAAGCAGUUGAUUCCUCUUAAGAACCCCAAAACCAAAGAGAAGGUGGAUCGUGCUGUGGAGGGAGCGCAGAGGGCUGCAGCCAUUGCCAGGAGUAAAGUGGAAAUAGCAGCUUCCAGAACAGCCCACGCCAGGACAAAAAGUGAAGCUGCAGACCAGGCCGCCAUCUCCGCCGUGCAUGACUCUGAAAUUGCCAGAGCGGUUGCUAGGGAACUUUCCCCCAACUUCUACCAACCAGGGCCUGACUACAUAAAACAGCAGUUUAAGGAGCCUGUGGAGAUCAAAGAGGUCCAUGUUGAGAAGAAAGACAGCUCCCCGAAAGAUUCCCCCCAUUUUUACCGCAAAGGUACCACUCCUCCCCACUCCGCUGCCACAAGUCCUGCAGCUACGCCACCACCUUCACCUCACUCCAGCAAGAAGAAAGGUCAGGUUGCCAACAGCACCAGCCGCAAAACCAGUAAAGAGGAAAAAGGCUCCCGCAAGACAAGCAAGGAAGAGAAGUCAAGUCAUAAGAUUAGCAAGGAUGAGCGGUCCAGCAGAAAGCUGAGUAAAGAGGAGAGACCCUCUGUUACUGAUGGGCCCAAAGCUCCCCAGCCACAGGAUGAGGCUCCUCCUAAACCCCCUAUAGUUCAGCAGCCUACCCAAGCCUCUGCUCCCCCUCUACAGCCUCCCACAAUUCCAGUCAAUGGCCAGCUCCACUCCGAGUACCACAGUUAUUACGUCAAGGCCCCUACAAGGGUCCCUCCACCCCCAGAACCCGAGGAAGAUCCAGAGGAAGAGCCUAGUCCUCUGGCCCUAGCACGUAUGCCACCGCAAACCCUCAAGGCAUAUGGUACUUCAGCCCUGAAGCCCGAAUCCUCACGGGACAGCAAGAGUGACCAGAAACUCAGGAAGCAGGAUUCCAUAAAGCCAAAGAGCCUUGCAGAUGCAAAGAAAGCUAGUAUGGAGAUUGCAGACAGGACAGAAGAAUCUGGGCCCAACUCAAUCCUUGUUGCUAUGGUAAUGCUGUUGAAUAUUGGUCUUGCAAUUAUAUUUGUCCAUUUUCUGACAUGAUGAUGCCAUUUGUCAGUGAAACCAUGGCAACUAGUACAGUUGCAUCAUCUGCCUUUGAAAAGUGAAAACGGCGCCAGCAAGGCACAGGGGCAGCUGUAGGUGUUUAAGAAUAAACGUGACGCCGAAGAGAAUCGGGAUGAAGGCAUCGCAACCACCAUCCUGUCACGGGCCUUCUCUGGCCAACCCUGUGUAUAAGCACUACUUUGGCUUAUGUGAAAGCAGAGGUGAAAUGUUCUGUCUCGUGAGAAAACAAAAGUUUAAGAUGUAACCAAACAUACAAGUCUGAAAAAAAAACUAAAUAAAAUAAGAAGUAAUUGAAACCCAUUCGUGUGCUGAUCAAGCAUUAGUCUCUGUAGUGCACCGGCGCUCCCGCUGUCUUGGCAGAGAUCGCGGUGGCCUGACAGACUUUGGAAGAGCGUGGAGAUGCACUUUUAGAUGACGGGAGCAAACAGCUGCCUUUCUAUUUUGCCAUCUGAUGUUUUGAAGGGGGAGAUGCGAGCGCAGCGGGCGGGGCCAACGGCUGCAGCGGGCGUUUUGGAGCGUUUUCUGGGGUUCGCACCACUCUCGCUGCAGGAAAUGAGGCAUGAUCACUGCCAGCAGUCAGUGCUUGCACGGUCACUAGCCAGUCUUACUCUGUUAACCCAGUUAUCCCCGCAACGUUCUCGAGCUCCCGCCGUAACGAUCCUGGAUACACUGCUCUUAAAACACUCCCCCGUGCAUGGUACACUUUGAACAUCUUGUUUUUGCUUGUUUGUUUUAUUGUAGCUUUUUUGUUGUUGUUGUUGUUAAUACUGUUAUUGUUCAUCGUUCUUCUUUGAAUGUCACCUACAUUCACGAACAGGAAAUUUCUACUCAUUACGAUUAAACAAAUUCAUUUUCCCUGUUUUUGUUUUUAGUUGCUGAGUUAUUUUCUAAAAAAAAAACAUGAUUGUAAUUUAAGAAUCACACUUAUGUUUUACGAAAAGUGCAAUGUUUUAUUUUUCAAAAGAAAACAUAUUUUGGAGGAAAAAAAACAGUGAUUGCAUUGUUAUAAAAAGUAGUUGCAUCUAUUUUUUCAGUCUCUAGUGAUUUAGGAGAGGUGAUUUUAAUUGACAGCCGGCAUUGUCAUUUAGGAAAGAUGUUCACACUUUUUAAAAAAUCCAGUUGGAUCAGUGAACGUGAAGUAACAAAUGUCUUAUGUUAUUUAUUAAAUCAGCAGGAAAAUGAUUGAAUUAUUGAACGCACAUGCCUAGACCAUUUUGCUUGAUUUCUUCUCUCUGCUUUCACUUUUAGCACACUACUGAGAUGCAAUGAAAGCAGCUUGCGUGGCUGCUUGUGUAGGCCCGGCGUUGCAUGCACGCUUAUGAAACUGCAGAAAGACGGUCUUGAAAUGUGGAAGUUGGCAUUGGAUUUAUUCAGGUUGAGGCCAUGGGGAAUGUGGCACCAGGGAGGAGUAGCAAUGCCUUUAAAAGUCUUUAACAGUGCUGCUGUUUACCUCAGAACAGAUGAGAAAGAAUGGAGGGAACGAGGCGCCAUCCUUGUCUUAAUCAUGUCGUGCGGCAGGUACACUUACCGCCAACUCAGUCAUGCUUUAACCUCGCCUCUUUGUAGCUAUUUGUAGUCUUUGUUGCUGGUAUAGCAUGAGUUUUUUUUUUUUUUCCAGAUUUUAAGUGAUUUAUUUAUAUGGUUGAAACUUUUGUCAUCACUACAAGAUUAAUUAUUUAUUCAUUGUGCAACUGGUAGUGUUUGUGACAUUAAAAAGGGCUUUGAUAUGGCUAAUCCCCCCCGUAAAUCAAUUUAAUUUAAUUGAACUGUCUGUAUUAUAAAACGAGCAGCACAUCUGCUCCGAUGUUUGUAGACUCUCCACAUAUUUAUUGGAAAACUAAUUUAAAUGAACUCUGUUCAUCAUCAGAAAAUGACAAAUUGUAACCAUCACUUUGUAAUUGUACAAAUGAUUAAAAAACACUGUUAAAUUACAAAUGUGAUGCAAAUUAAACAAAUCUGUUUUAUUUUUAUCCCCCCCCCCCCCCCCCCCCCCCCCCAUGUGCCACAUCCUCUAUUUUUUUAUUCCUUUUUGCUUGCCUGAGAUUGUUGAAGACUGGAGAUUUGGAAGGUUUAACAGAAUAGCCUGUUUAAGGGAUAUUUUUUGAAAUGCAACGUUGCAUGACGGAACAUUUAUAUACAGAUUAUUAUAUACUGUUUGUAAGGAUUUUUACAGAGCACAAUUCAGAAUCUGGUAUGAGUUGGUAUUUUUCUAACAAUUUGCACACCUGUAUUUUGACAAUGAAUAUAACUUGUUUGGUAUAUUGGUAACGUAAUGCACAUAUGACAAUGUUUGACAGUAGAAGAGUAAUUUAUUUCUAAUUGAUUGUAAUGUAUGUACCAUUUGGGGAUGUGAUGGGCAGAUGUACCUGUUUGAGUAUUUUAGAAAAUAUGGAGGAAAUGCGGGAGACUUUUGAUAUCUCAAGGCUUAUGUUGCCCCAAUGAUUUGUGCAAAGUCUUUGGAGAUGAAGUUACAUGUAUAACAAUAAAGAUGUUAUGCCUUGUUAA